AAAAGCCAAAAAAGAAGUGGUGUGUGCAAAGUUGAUCGUAGGUUUACUAUAGAGUCUCGUGGAAAAAACUGCUCAUAAACGGAAGUGUAUUCGCUUUUUGGACACGAAAUGUGCUGUAAUUUGAAGGUCUGGAUGUGCCUAUUGUUUGCUGAUAUUGAUUUAGAUUGAGCAUGACUGGACUCAAUUCAAAUUUGAUGAAUUAGUGAAUUUUUCUAGCAAGAACCCCAAGUGACAGCUGAACGGUGCGGAUUUCUCGUUACAACACUGGUUGUCUCACUCGCACUCAGUAGUGUGUUUUGGUUGUGAGCUAGCUGAACGAGGGAUCUCGCGGUUGUGUUUGUGAACCGUUGGUUUGACAGUUGAAGCAACAACAAUCAUUGCUAGUAUCGAGGACGAUUCACAUCUGCUUGCUUUGGUUUUACGAGUGUCUUGUGUCCAUCAGCGAGGAGGACAGAAAAAAAACAGUGGAAUAAAUCAAAUUUCAUCGCGAUUGUCUCCGUAAAUUUGGUCACAAUUUCGAAACGUAAGCGCGACUCGCCCGGUGCCGGCGGUGGUGGUGGUAGAAGUGGUAGAGAUCAACCCGGAAAACGACCAAAAUCAGGUUCAGCAGGUGCAGGAAGCAGUAGCGGAGACCCCGGAGCUGCAGAGGAAGAACUUCUGGCAGGCAGCACCAUGAAUUUAACAGAGAACGAUCGGAAACGGGCCAAUUUUUCUGCCCUCAGCAACACGAAUGGAGCGGUGAUCAAGAUGACGACCAAUACGGGAACAGGCAAGCCCGGAGAUAUCAAAAAGAUUGUAAUCAAAAAUUUUAAAACUAAACCGACACUGCCGGAGAACUACCAGGAGCACACCUGGCAGAAGCUUCGCGAGGCGGUCAUCGCCAUUCAGCUGUCGAAACGGAUCGAGUACUCGCUGGAAGAGCUGUACCAGGCGGUGGAAAACAUGUGCAGCCACAAGAUGGAUUCGCAGCUGUAUGUCAAUUUGACGGCACUGGCGGAACAGCAUGUCAAGGCCAACAUCACACCGUUCCUGGCGGAAUCGAUCGACAAGCUGGUCUAUCUGAAGAAGAUGAACGACUGCUGGCAGUCCCACUGUCAACAGAUGAUCAUGAUCCGGAGCAUUUUCCUGUAUCUGGAUAGAACCUAUGUCCUGCAGAAUCCGACCGUCCAUUCCAUCUGGGACAUGGGACUAGAACUGUUUCGCGAUCAUAUAGCGAUGAAUACGUUGGUACAGGCACGGACGGUGGAAGGAAUUUUGAUUUUGAUCGAAAAGGAACGAAACGGAGAAACCGUCGAUAGGACUUUGCUGAAAAGUUUACUCCGGAUGUUGUCCGAUCUUCAGAUUUACAAGGAAGCCUUCGAGCAGAAGUUUCUGGUUGCAACGAAACAUCUGUACCAGUCGGAGGGUCAGGCCAAAAUGGAAGAACUGGAGGUUCCGGACUAUUUGCUACACGUUGAUAAACGGUUACAGGAAGAAAACGAACGUCUCCUGCACUAUUUGGACAGUUGCACCAAACAUCAGUUGAUUGUGACCGUCGAACGUCAGCUGAUUACCGAACACAUAACCGGCAUCCUGCAGAAAGGGCUCGAUCAGUUACUGGAGGAAAACCGUCUGUCCGAUCUUACGUUGCUGUACUCGCUUUUCAGCCGUGUGAAAAAUGGAACCACGGAACUGUGCGGUUCGUUCAAUGCCUACAUCAAAAAGAAAGGUCGCACAAUCGUCAUCGAUCCGGAGAAGGACAAAUCAAUGGUUCAAGACCUACUGGAUUUCAAGGACAAACUGGAUAACAUCGUUAACUCGUGCUUCGACCGGAAUGAAAAAUUCUCCAACUCGCUCAGGGAAGCGUUCGAGUUCUUCGUCAAUCAACGCUCGAACAAACCGGCGGAGCUGAUUGCCAAGUACGUCGACAUGAAACUGCGGGCCGGCAAUAAGGAAGCCACCGAAGAGGAACUGGAACAGAUUCUGGACAAGAUUAUGGUCCAGUUUCGGUUCAUUCACGGUAAGGAUGUGUUCGAGGCGUUCUACAAGAAAGACCUUGCCAAACGGUUACUGGUCGGCAAGUCGGCUUCGGUUGAUGCCGAGAAGAGUAUGCUAUCCAAGCUGAAACAGGAGUGUGGCGGUGGAUUCACUUCCAAACUGGAGGGAAUGUUCAAAGAUAUGGAACUGAGCAGAGAUAUAAACAUUGCAUUUAGACAGUACAUGGCAAACUCUGAGAGUAAAGAGCUGCAGAAUAUCGAUCUAACCGUGAACAUUCUGACCAUGGGUUUCUGGCCGACCUACCCGGUGAUGGAGGUGACGCUGCCUCAGGAAUUACUGCAGUACCAGUCGAUCUUCAACAAGUUCUAUCUGGCAAAACACAGCGGCCGGAAGCUACAGUGGCAACCGACGCUGGGGCAUUGUGUGCUCAAGGCACGGUUCGAUGCGGGACCGAAAGAUUUGCAGGUUUCAUUGUUUCAAGGACUGGUCCUGUUACUGUUCAACUACAAUCUGAACAUAACAUUCGAGGAAAUUAAAGCGGCCGUAAACAUUGAGGACGGUGAGCUGCGUCGCACGCUACAGUCUCUGGCCUGUGGUAAGGCACGCGUACUGACCAAAAUUCCCAAGGGUCGCGAAGUGGAGGACAACGACAAGUUCCAGUUCAACAAUGAGUUCACGAAUAAACUGUUUAGGAUCAAAAUCAAUCAGAUCCAGAUGAAAGAGACGAAUGAAGAACAAAAAGCUACCGAAGAACGUGUCUACCAGGACCGACAGUAUCAGAUUGACGCGGCGAUCGUACGCAUCAUGAAAAUGAGGAAAACUCUUAGUCAUAAUUUGCUCAUCAGCGAGCUGUACAAGCAGCUGACCUUCCCAGUUAAGCCGGCCGACCUGAAAAAACGGAUCGAAUCCCUGAUAGAUCGUGACUACAUGGAGCGGGACAAAGACAACCAGAAUCAAUACAACUAUGUCGCCUAAACGGGCAGUCUCUAAUGAUAAUCCAUCCCCGCUAGUUAGAAGAGUGCGACAGAGCCACGGACGUUAACGUUGUUCAACUUGCAUCAAUAGGCGGUUCCAAAUGGGAAUUUUUUUUCUCGAAAGUAUAUUCGAGAAUAAUCAAAAUAUAGCUUAACGAAUGUCCUGUUUUAAUUCAACUCUACUCAGAUGGGAACUGGCAGUGCGUAACUGUGUCACUAGCGCGCGCGUGUGUGUGUGUUUGUGUGUGCGUGUGUAGGAUGGACAAUUUGGUUCCUUGAGAGCGUACAACGUUGCGUUUUUUUAAUAUAUAUUCUAUCCCGAACAACCGUUCCAAAUGUCGAAUGCCAAGUAUGUUUGGGCGACACUAGCUCUAAGUUCUAACAGAUUCUCCCGGAACACGGUGUUAGAUAAUCCGUUUCCUAGAACGUACAUAAACUUCCUUAAACUGGCGGAUGAGGUGACGACUUAUCUACUGCACAGUUGCUGACGAAUCACGGAACGACAGAACGACAAAUGCCUCCAGUUUCAACAUAUUAAAACAAAAAACGACGUAAGAAGUGGGAAGAUAAUAGAAUAAAAAUUAUACCACACAACCAACGGAAGCAAAAAUUGAAACAUUUUCUGUAAAUAGUUUAUAUCAGGUUGCUAUAGCGAUUGAAAUUCAAGAGGUAAAUAGAAACAUAUUAUUAUUAGUGACACUAAUGGAAUUAACAUGAAAUUGCAAAAAAAACGUCUUUGAAGAUCCUGUAAUUGCAACAACAACAACAACAACAACAAAACGAAUAAAAUUUCCGUUAAGCAUAAA